CGGAGGCGCAGGCGCAGUCGGGGCCCCAGUCCCGCUCCCUCCUCCUGGUGCCUCUUUCUCCGCCCCGCUCCCCCUAAACACACUCGCACACGGGCUCUCAAGGUGUUCUCUGCACAGCGGAAGAUGGCGACAGACUGAGGGGGCAUGGCCAGCAGGAGCCACGGGGCCGUGCCGCUGGGCGGCCACCACAGUGGUGCGAAGGAGAGGCGGAAGCAAGAGGCGCACUAAGUAGAGCCCAGGGUCCGCGUCCGGCGCCUGUGGCGCUGCCGGGAGCCAGGUGGCCCGCCUGAGCCGGAACUCUGGGAGCAGCGGGUGCAGAGCCAGUGCGGAGCCCGCCCGGGACCGGCCCAGGCAAACGCCCGGAGCUCAAGCAAACCCCGAAGGACCGGGCAGCGGACCGGCCGGCCGGCCUAGGAGGGCGCGAGCCAGGCAGGGAGCAGCGCGGAGCGGGCAGCGGGCGGACGGGCUAGAGUGGAGCGGGGCGGGGCGAGCGGAGCGGAGCGCGGUGGCGGGGCCCGCACGGCGGCGCAGAGGGGUGCAGAGCAGCGCCGAGCAGAGACGGCCGGAACAGAGUGCGAGCCGGGCGGCCGCCGGCGCAGAGUGAAGUGGCGCGGAGCCGAGGGCAGCUGAGGGGCCCGACACUAUGAGGAGUGCGGCGCCGCCGCCACAGCCGCCACCGCCCCUGUGCCCCGCACAGCCUCCCGCCGGGACGCCGGGCAGCGCCUAGCAGGUCGGGUGGCGGCUCUCCGGCUGCGAGUGAGGGAGCGCUGGAGGGUCGCGGGAACGGCACGAGAGCGCCCCGCGACUCUGGCCUGAGUGGGGCCCGGGGCUAGCCGGUCUGCCUCACGAUGCAGCCCCCGACGUAGUGCCUGGACGGCGCCGAGUAGCGCGGAGCGGCGCGCAGCCCGCCUGAGACGGCCGUCCGGCCUCGCGCCUGCCUACUCCCUCCAGCCCGGACCCCCUGAAAUAUGUUCAGGGGCGCUUGGAUGUGUCCCGGGAAAGACGCCGCCGCGCUGACUAUCUGCUGUUGCUGCUGCUGCUGGGCUCCCAGGCCGAACGACAAACCGUGUGCCGACUCCGAGCGGGCGCAGCGAUGGCGACUAUCCCUGGCGUCCCUGCUCUUCUUCACCGUGCUGCUCGCUGACCAUCUGUGGCUGUGCGCUGGGGCCCGGCCCCGGGCCAGGGAGCUGAGCAGCUCCAUGCGGCCGCCCUGGGGGACCGGCCGUGAGCGGCAGCCGGUGUCUCCUCGGGCGGUGCUGCCACUGCCGCCGCCGCCGCCGCCGCCGCCGCCUGGCGAGCCCAGCGCGCCCCCGGGUACCUGCGGCCCGAGAUACAGCAACCUGACCAAAGCCGACCCCGCCGCCAACCCCAAGCAGGUCUGCGGCGGCAUCCCAGAGCCCACGGGGCUGGAUGCAGCUUGCACCAAAUUGGAAUCUUUGCAGAGACUUUUCGAACCGACUACCCCGGCCCCCCCUCUGCGGCCCCCUGACUUCCCUUCCCUUGCCCUGGCUGAGUUCCCCUCUGCCAAAAAAAACUUGCUCAAAGGCCACUUUCGGAACUUCACUCUCUCCUUUUGCGACACCUACACAGUCUGGGACUUGCUGCUGGGCAUGGACCGCCCAGACAGCCUUGACUGCAGUCUGGACACCCUGCUGGGGGACCUGCUGGCCAUGGUGGCCAGCCCUGGCUCUGGGGCCUGGGAGGCAUGUAGCAACUGUAUCGAGGCAUACCAGCGACUGGACCGACAUGCUCAGGAAAAAUAUGAUGAGUUCGACCUCGUGCUCCACAAAUACUUGCAGGCAGAAGAGUACUCAAUCCGGUCCUGCAGGAAAGGCUGUAAGGCUGUCUACAAGGCCUGGCUGUGCUCAGAAUACUUCAGCGUGACCCAGCAGGAAUGCCAGCGCUGGGUGCCCUGCAAGCAAUACUGCCUGGAGGUGCAGACCCGGUGUCCCUUUAUCCUCCCUGACAAUGAGGAAAUGGUGUACGGAGGGCUCCCUGGCUUUAUCUGUACAGGGUUGCUGGAUACUUCACCAAAACGGCGGGAAACCAAGUGCUGUGAUGUGCAGUGGGUCUCCUGUGAGUCGGAGAAGAAGAAGCUCAAGGAGUCUGAGGCCCCCAAAACCCACCACCAGCAAUUCCACCAUUCCUAUUUCCACCACUACCACCAACAGUACCACCACUAUCACCCCCGCCAUGAUCCCCCAGGCCGUGUCAGCCACAAGCCCUCCCUGCUGCUGGUCUCUGGGGGCUCCUGCCUCAGCCCCAGCAGGAUCCGGCUCUGUGUCCUUGUCCUCAUGAUCCUCCAUACCGUGGUGUCCUUCUCUAGCAACCAAGGUGGUGGGGGACUGGGGCUGGAGACACUGCCUGCUCUGGAAGAGGGCCUGACACAGGAAGAGUGACAGCAGGGAAGGAGGGCAGACCUCCACCACACACUGAUAUCAGCUCCAGCCCGCCCCCAGGUGAGGGGGGGCUCCUCCCAUGGGAGAUGAAGGACCAGGUGGGGGUGGAGGGAAGUGGGGGGCCUCACAUCCCCCAACCUACCCCUACCCCAAAAGCAGCUCCAACAGAAUGGACAGAGGGCCCUAGGGAGCUGCAAACUAAUUUGGGAGAAAAAGGUAGGAGCAGCAGGUACCCGCACCCAAGCCCCAUCUGUGGGACUUAGCAAAAAUUGUGGGGAAUGGGGGCUGGAAUUGCCCAUCCCCGCUGAGGGCCCUAACCCCAGGGUAGGAGGCUGCUCACCCAGCCCCGGCCCUGCAGGGAAUGUUGGGGGGCACAGAGGGGAGAAGCUCCCCCCCCCCCGCAUUCCUUUUGUUGCCAAGAUCCUUAAUUCCCUCCAGCCCAUAUCUCUACAGGCGACGGCAGACAGUGCAAUGGCCCUCCUGCCACUUCUGAGCGCCUUGCCCCACAUGGGGCUGUCAUGGGUGACGUGCCAGGCUGGUAGAUGAAGUGCACACUGGUAGAUGAAGUGCACACAGUUGCAGCUAGAUGGGAGCCCAGUGAGCCUGUGCCCCACCUCCCUAGGCACUGAGGGGUAGGAAUAGGGUACGGACGGAUGGAGUGGUGAAAGAGAAGGAAGAAAGGGAAGGGGGAGGAAACAUGGACAGAGGGCCUAGAGAGAUGGCCAAAUGGGUGCCUGCCUUCUGGCUUUGGGGAAGUGAGUGAUUAGUGUUGAGGCAGGCUCAAGAACUGACCCCCAAAUCAGAGAGAGUUGCAGAAGGAGCCCUUUGGGGAAAGAGCAUAGGAGCUGAGUUGUGCCGAAAAACAGAAGGCUGAGGGCACACGGUUGGACUGCCGCUGUCUGAAGGGCCAUAUCUUACAGAAGGUGCACAUACUUCUAAGGGCCACUCUUGCCCUGAAGAUCCUGGCCUUGGGGCCAAAGACCUUUCAUUUCUGAUCUCUAUGGGGAGGAGGGACUUGAGCCCAUAUGGGUCAUGGCUGGCCUGGGUCCUCGUACUCACCCACCUUGUCCUAGCCCAGGCCUCCAUGAAGGAGAACCUGGUGACAUUGCACCAGAGCUCUCCAGAGAUGAGCUUUCCCCAGCCCUUCCCUGUCCCUAUCCCCAGCCUACCAAAGAGUAUUCAUCCCUUCCCACCCCUGACCCCAUGGGUUACUAUCCCAACCGUGGAACAACCAGACUCCUCACCCUGUGGCAGGUCCCCUGCUCCGGUCACCCAGUCCCCUCCCAGAGAAAAUCCAGAGACUGCCAAGCUGACCCUUUGACUACAGAGAAUGGGCUAUUGUCCCUUGGCUGAGAGACUUGAACUCUGGUUAGGCUAGGGGGCCGGGUCGGGAAAGAGGCAUCAAGUAUCCCUUGGGGGGUCUAUUAGCCUUAUACGAGUGUGCUGGGAGGGGGAGGCCACAUUGCCUAAGACAUCUAAAAGCCAAUAAAAGCUGACAAGAAAUAGAGCCAGAACUGCAUGGGACAGGCCAGGGGCUUUCAGCGCCAGGAGGGCCUGAGUCCUAGGACGUGAUGCUAGUUGAGGGUGGGGUAGAGCUGCAUUACAGUGAACCCCAAAAAAGAAUGGGGAGGAAGAGCUGGAUUUGGUCCACUUAGGGAUGAAUGGGUAGCUUCCCUGGGACAGAAAAGAACAUUCAAGGGCCUCAGCUGAGUCCCAAAUCAGCUUCAUGAGCCUGGGGAGUCCUUCCCUGCCAGUUUUUUCAUUUUUCACAGCCUGUCCCCAUGCCUCCACCCCUGUGCCCUGCCCACACACUCCUCUGGCCCUCAGCACUUCGGGCCCAGCCACAGGUGCUGGCUCUAGAGUACUCUUUUAUGCUAGGGAGGGGAAGAGGUGCUGGCUUAUGUUAAAGUGAAGGGGCAGGUGCUUGGGCUCCAGAGAGACCCCAGGUACUGCCUCCUAACUCCUGCAUCCUCAGGAGAGGAAAAGAGAUUGGGGAGUAAAGGGGGACAUAUGGCCCCAGGGAAUGGACCUUUGGAGACUCCCAUCCUCUCUUCCCCUUCACCAAGUGCCCAGGAGACCCCUGGCUCAGACCAGCCCAAGGCCUUUCCCAGUGCCAGGGGAAAGGGGCACCACACUCCACCUCAAAGUCAUAUGACUGUCCCCAUGCACCCCACCACCCUGCUCUUCCACCACCUCUCCAGCUGCCCCUGCCCUCCAUCACAGGCAGCAGAGCCGGGCACCUUUCUUAUGCCAUUUUCUACACUGUGCUUCAUGAGUAGGACUUUCUCGCACUAGUUCCUAUGACUGAGUCUCCAAGCUGGUUUCCUAGUAGCCCCCCAUCCCUUCCUCCCUUACCUGGCUAUGAUUCAGUUGUCUCUUCCCUCCCUCUUAUCCCUGCCUCUGUAUUUCAGUGAGAGUCUCUGUAUGUGUACUGCUUUCUGUUUUGUUGCAUUGUGGGCCAGAGGUCUCUCUGCUCUUGUUUAACCCCAUAAAGAAAUAAAUGGUAAGACUUGAUAA